AUUCAGUGUCACAGUUAUAAUUAUAUAACUGUUAUAUCCCUUAAUCUUUAACGGUUGUACUAGUGUUUGUGAGAGAAAACAAAAAACUCAUUGUCGUAUAAAGUCAGCUGUUCAGAUAUCAAUCAAUUAUUUAGUCACUUAAAUGUAAACAUCAAGCUGUUACAUGACCGGGUAGUGCAACAUUCAAACAUACUCUUAAUAUACAUGGACAACUUGUGGGUAUAAAUACAUUUUAGAAAUAUUGAUACUGUUAUAUUCAUUAGAAGAUAUAGAUUGGAUUUGUCGAAUAUUUAUAACGAUGAGCGGAGCGCAACUAAUCUUUUCAACUAAUUUUUUCUUUUGAAUUUCAUCGAAACGAUUUCAUGAAACAAGUUCACUUAAGGCUUCGAUAACGUAGUAUUCCUGUAAUAUGAUUUCAAUGCGGGCUAACAUCAAUGGUGACAGAUCUUCUGUAUAGCGUUUUUGCUUGUGAAAUGUAUCGAUGAGUGGACUUAUUCGAUGUGUUAAAUUGUUAUUGUUAUCAUUUCUGGAUUACUUCUAAUUCUCGUUGUUCGGGAAUUUCCGUGAAUGAGAGCAAACAAUUCUAUAUAACGCCGCAUUUCCUAAGUUCAAUUAUUUUCAAAAUUUCAACGGUUUCCGUAGAAAGUCCAUAAUUGUAUUAGAGGAGAGUUGAGUGUAAAUCAUUCUUAGGUUUCCCAGAGAGUCAAACAGAAUUGGAUAAUUUAACGGAAUAUAAUACGGCACACAAUCGAAGAAUCUCUAUGCUAGGCAUAACUGACGAUAAUAUAAGAAAGACUAAAUCACGUAAACGUCUUUGUGUUAUUUUUAAUGAUGAGGAAAUCAUUAUUAAUCCCGAAGAUAUAGAUCCAAACGUCGGGCGUUUUCGUAAUCUUGUACAGACAACAGUAAUUCCUAUUAAGCGCGCACGUUAUGAAGGCUUGCAAAUGCGUUUAACCACGCCUACGCAACAUAUCGCACUAACCUCCAUGCAGGACCAUAUAAAAAAUUUACAAAACUCGAUUUCUUCCACUAGUACCACUUCUGCUUCACCGUCUUUGUACCAAGGACUACCAGCUGCUACCCAUGACGGUCAUAUACAGCACGUAGGCAAUGACUUUACUUUGGCAAGCCCACUGGCAUUAGGCUCGAUAUUAGGUUUAUUAUUACCGAAUCCAGCACCUGAUGUGACGCCUGUUGAGGCAUCUUUUGUGUCGCCCAUAAAUACACCAGCCUUAACUCGGAAAUUAGCUUCGGCAAACGUACGGUAUGACGGCUCAAUGCAUACAGGAACAAACGACGAACCUCAGAAAAAGAAAUACGCUAAAGAAGCUUGGCCUGGCCGCAAAUCCAUGUUGGGAACGCUUUAAUCUUAAUAAUCCAUGCAAAUAAUUUUUAGUUAGUUCACAAUAGUUUUAAACUUAUUUAAUUUUGUUUAUAUCAGAAAAUGCACAUUGUUUCUUUAAAAUUUUCUCAGACAGAGGAAAAAUUUUAAUAAAUCAUGGCAUAUAUUAAGAAGCCUCCUAGUUACGGAAUAAAUUUUAUGAAAAGUCAAAAAAAGUUACUAAUUUUGGUUUUUUUUCUCGGCCAUAAAAAAUGAUUUCCUUAAGUUAACAGCUUUAAGUUGGAAC